AUCCAACAAUCCAACAAUCAUAAUGUCCCUCCGCUUCAUCCCCGGUCCCAACCACGCCUCGCAAACGAGCAACACGACUCUCCGCUCCAACGAGCCCGUCUCCCUCCCACACCCAUCCAAGGGCGCCCCCUCGGCGCCAGGCCUCCCCGAUACCCUCCGCAACAACAUCACGCUCGCUGCUCCGCGCGGCCCGCCCUCCUCGCAACCCUCGACUGCUGUCUCGAACCAUCCGCUCGAAGCUCGCCUGCUCGCCUGGCGCGCCACCCAUGACGCCAUGAAGAUGGAGUCCCUGCGUCGUACGUACGGAAUUGCAGAGCCUGUCCGUCGCGGCAUGGAGCUGAAGAUUGUUCGGGAUGGGACUUUCCGGCCCAUGAUGCUGGGGAACGCCGGAAAUCUCCAUGAGGAUAUCUUGGUUCUUGGCGGGAGGGAGGCGGAGCUCGCCUGGGAGGAUAUUUAUACCGGCGACGAAUUCCGGGAACCGCCUACUCUACACGAUGAAAUGGAAAAGCGACUGCGCAUGGAUUGGUAGAGGGGGGGUUGAGA